AUGGACAAGGCAAAGGCAGCAGUUUCGGACUUCAUGUCCAAGGCCGGUCAGCACGACACCACCGUCCACGAGAAGGUUGCUCCAGCAGUCCAGAACGAGACUGUCACACGCACCCACCAUGACAACGUCACCACCGCUGUCGACAAGGAGGUUCACCAGGACCACUACCACACCUCCGUCCAGCCAAUUAAGGACACCCAGACUCUCCCAGAGCAGCACCACCACAACUUGGUCGGUGUCGAGCACCGCAACUUCGAGCAUGGCAACAAGGCCGAUGUCGACCGCAAGUUGAACGAGACCGCCGCCCAGUUCCGCGACUCUACCCAGCGUGUUGAGGGCCAGCACACCACCAGCCAGGCUCCAGCCAUUGGCGGUGAGCACAUGCACCACCACGUCCACGAGACCAUCCAGCCAGUCAUCAACAAGCAGACCAUUGAGCCACACGUUACCCACACCACCGUUCCCAUCCACGAGGUGCAUCACAACUCUGCACAGCACCACGCCACCUCCGCUCUCCCAGCCGUCUCCAUGUCCGACUUCAAGAAGGAGGGCGGUGUCCUCUCCGGCCGUGAGGAGCGCUACGACGGCUUCGAGGGCGAGCCACGCUCCAUCGGCGGCCACAGCUCCAGCACCCACACUGGCACUCACGGCACUGGAUCCGGCCUCACCGGCGAGCACAGCCACGGCUCCAAUACUCACGGCCACGCCGGCGGUGCUGCCCCAGCUGGCGGUAUUGGUGCAGGUGUCGGUUCUGGUGCGGGCCUCACUGGCAGCAACACCCACAACUCCACCCAAAGCAACAAGGAUGGCAAGCCAAGCUUGAUGGACAAGCUUAACCCAAAAAAGGAUGCUGAUGGUGAUGGCAAGGCUGGCUUCAUGAAGUAA